GUGUGCGUCUUGUACUUUGCUGAGAGCGCCGAGCUCAGCGGCCUGCGUGAGGAGCCCUUACAAGUGGACACGCCAAUCAGCAGUCGGGACCUUUGGACUCGCUUGCUAGGACAACACCCCAGGUUGCGGGCCUUGCAGGGGCACGUUGUGUUGGCCGUGCGCCAUCAGUACGUCGCCGUCGACGACCGGGAGCCGCUGACGCUGCGAGACGGAGACGAGAUCGCCGUGGUGCCGCCGCUGAGCGGAGGAUGAGCAGCCCAUCGCCGCCCAUCGCGGCGGCGGCGGAGGCGGCAGCAGCAGAGGAGGCGCGGAACAUCUUCCAGCUGAGCCGCCAUCGGCUGUCCGUCGACAAUGUAGUGGCAGCAGUCGCCAGCGCCUCCUGCGGCGCCAUUUCUCUCUUCAUAGGUACCACGCGCCAGGACCGCUCGGACGGCGGGAAGGUGAUCGGUCUGGAGUACGAGGCGUACGAGGCCAUGGUCCGGUCGGAGCUGGCCGAGCUGUGCCGGCGCCUGCGGGCGCGUUGGCCCGACCUCGUGCACAUCUGCGUGCACCAUCGCCUCGGGUGGGUGGCUGUGGGAGAGGCCAGCGUGGUGGCGGCCGUCUCGUCUCCGCACCGCCGCCAAGGCCAGCAGGCCCUCGCUAACCUGCUGGACGGCCUGAAGGCCAACGUGCCCGUGUGGAAGAAGGAAGUGUACGAGGAUCGCGGGAGCAGCUGGAAGGAAAACGCUGAGUGUGCCUGGGCCAGUUGCCACGGCAGCCACACCGCUUCCACACCCAUGGAUCAAUAAAGGCGGCAAACUUGUCA